UCCGGGUUGUAGCGGUGAAGGGGGGGAUGAGCAAUGCAAUGAAGCUGAGCUGUCUGCAUUCACGCCGCACAUCAUCAUCAGCAGCAGCAGCAGCCGCCAAAUCCUUCCUAUCCUUCCCUCCCUCCUUCCCUCCCUCACAAGGAUCCGGCCAACCAGAGGCUGCACGUCCGCCCCCCCAGGGCCGCCGCGAAGGACCGACCUCAGUCAGCCGCGCACUCCUCUCUCCGACUGUGCGACCCUCCGAAUUUACCCCCCUCUCCCCUCAUGGAUGUCCCACCUCGUGACGACCUUAAAGGACGGAUGGCGGCGGUCUAGAUGUGUCUGGGGACCCAUGCCUUACCUUAAGCUUCUUCUUCUUCUUUUUUUUUCACGCGUUAACCGGUUGGUGUUCGACCGCAGAGAGGAGGAAGAGAAGGAGGAGAGGAGGAGGAGGAGGAGGAGGAGGAGCAGGAGCGCUCGUCCUGCGCUUAGCCCGAUAAGCUAACCGAGCUAGCUUGCUAACUUUAGCCGCAACACUUGGUACCUGCCCGGAGGGGAGUUUUUGCGGUUUGCAAGCUAACCUGCGGCGGACUCGGGCUGCUCCGUCACGCUUUUAAAUUAAGGACUAUGUUUGAGUGACGAACAAAGGAAGAAGUGGGAUCUCUGACGCUCCCUUCUCUGCUGGUGGGGCCUCCUGUACAUCUGACCAGAGACCCCUGGAGAGGUGACGUUUCCAGGAUGCGGAGGUUCGCCUACUGCAAAGUGGUCCUGGCCACCUCUCUGGUGUGGGUGAUGCUGGACAUGUUCAUUCUUCUUUAUUUUAGCGAGUGCAACAAGUGCGAUGACAAGAAGGAGAGAGGACUGCCUGGUAGAGAUGACCCCCUUGCUAGGCCGCGGGAUGGGCCCGGAGAGGGAGGGAAGCCUGUGGUGAUCCCAAAGGAGAACCAGGAGAAGAUGAAGGAGAUGUUCAAGAUCAACCAGUUUAACCUGAUGGCCUCUGAGAUGAUCGCGCUCAAUCGUUCAUUACCCGAUGUCCGACUCGAAGGGUGCAAGAACAAGCUAUACCCUGACAAUCUGCCCAGAACCAGCGUGGUGAUUGUAUUUCACAACGAGGCGUGGAGCACGCUGCUGCGGACGGUCCACUCUGUCAUCGACCGCUCUCCCCUCACGCUCCUGGAAGAGAUUGUCCUGGUGGACGACGCCAGUGAGCGAGAUUUCCUAAAGCGGCCGUUGGAGCAAUACGUCCGAAGGCUGGAGGUUCCCGUGCGGGUGGUGAGGAUGGAUCAGCGGUCCGGACUCAUCCGAGCUCGCCUCAAGGGAGCGUCCAUCUCGACGGGCCAGGUCAUAACUUUCCUGGAUGCUCACUGCGAAUGCACAACUGGCUGGCUGGAGCCGCUGCUGGCUCGCAUCAAACAAGACAAGAAAACGGUGGUGUGCCCCAUCAUCGACGUGAUCAGCGACGACACCUUUGAGUACAUGGCGGGUUCGGACAUGACCUACGGAGGCUUCAACUGGAAGCUCAACUUCCGGUGGUACCCGGUGCCCCAGAGAGAAAUGGACCGCCGCAAAGGAGACCGCACACUCCCUGUCAGGACUCCCACCAUGGCAGGCGGCUUGUUCUCUAUCGACAGAGAUUACUUCCAGGAAAUCGGCACAUAUGACGCAGGCAUGGACAUCUGGGGCGGCGAGAACUUGGAAAUCUCUUUCAGAAUCUGGCAGUGCGGGGGAACCCUGGAGAUCGUCACGUGCUCGCACGUGGGCCACGUCUUCAGGAAGGCCACGCCCUACACGUUUCCCGGAGGAACGGGACAGAUCAUCAACAAAAACAACAGGCGCCUGGCGGAAGUGUGGAUGGAUGAGUUUAAAAACUUCUUCUACAUCAUCUCCCCCGGCGUGACCAAAGUGGACUAUGGUGACAUCACGUCUCGGACAGUUCUCAGACAGAAGCUUCAAUGUAAACCUUUCAGCUGGUACUUGGAAAACGUCUAUCCCGACUCCCAGAUUCCCCGCCACUAUUACUCGCUGGGAGAGAUCCGUAAUGUGGAGACCAACCAGUGUUUGGACAACAUGGCCCGCAAAGAGAACGAGAAGGUCGGCAUUUUCAACUGCCACGGCAUGGGCGGCAACCAGGUGUUCUCCUACACGGCCAAUAAGGAGAUCCGAACGGACGACUUGUGUCUGGACGUGUCCAAAUUAAACGGGCCGGUCAUGAUGCUCAAGUGUCACCACCUGAAGGGCAACCAGCUGUGGGACUACGACCCCGUGAAGCUGAGCCUGGUGCACGUCAACAGCAACCAGUGUCUGGACAAGGCCAGCGAGGAGGACAGUCAGGUGCCCAGCGUCAGAGACUGCACGCAUUCGCGCUCGCAGCAGUGGCUGCUCCGCAACGUCACGCUUCCGGAGGUCUUCUGAUGGCGUACGGCGCGCGCGCGCGCACGCACACACACACACUCACACACUCCCACGCGCAGGGGGGGGCCGAACGUGUGUCUCAAAAACAACAACAAAAAGACGGCAGACUGUUAACGUGGGCGCCGUGCGGAUGUGAGCGCGGCACACCCGGGACGGUACGACCUCGAGGAGCGCGCUUGCGUCCUCGCCGAGGAAGACGGAGGAAAAGACCCCCCCCCCCCCCGCCGACGGACGACUUGCCACAUCAUCAUGUAACGUUUACUGACUGCCUCUCGAUGUGGAGCGUGUGCACUUCGAUUGCGUGCGUGAUUUGAAUGUUUGCAUUUUUUUCUUUUUUAUUUAAUUCAGUCAUGAGCGCUGAACACAAACUCCUACGAAGGUCGUUUUCCAUUGUGUGCCUCCUUACGGCGUGUGCGUGUGUCUCCCUCUAGUGUCGUCUACUCGUCCUUACACCCUGCAGGACCCUGAACGUGUCCCUCAAAAGGACUGUGCACAUUUUGGAGUUGGGGUUUUGGGGGGGAUCCGAAAUGUGAUCUUAAGAAGACAAAUAAUUGCGAUAUCAUACUUUUUCUAUGUCCCGUUUUUACAUGUUUGUCUCUCGUCCGUUAGAAACUAGCAACACUGCUCACUGCCUAGUUCCUCACACGCGUCCAGUAAGACCCUGGAGAAGUUUGGGGGUCCUCACUAGGGCCCGACCCAUCAUUUCUGCUUAGAUGUACGGAUGUGGAUCAGCUGGUAAAGCGUUGGCCUCACAGUUCUGAGGUCCCGGGUUCAAUCCCGGAUAUGCCUGUGUGGAGUUUGCAUGUUCUCCCCCUGCCUGCGUGGGUUUUUUCAGGGGACUCGGGUUUCCUCCCACAUCCCAAAAACAUGCAACAUUAAUUGGACACUCCAAAUUGCCCCUAGGUGUGAUUGGGAGUCUGGCUGUUUGUCUCCAUGUGUCCUGCGAUUGGCUGGCGACCAGUUCAGGGUGUACCCCUCCUCCUGCCCGUUGACA